GCGGGGGAGAAGGAGGAGCGAACCGAGGUUGGGGGGCGGCUGCACAGUCUCCGGGAUCCCCAGGCCUGGAGGGGGGUCUGCGCGCGGCCGGCUGGCUCUGCCCCCCGUCCGGUCCCGAGCGGGCCUCCCUCGGGCCAGCCCGAUGUGACCAGGCUCAGUGGAGCCUGAGCAAGGAACCGGUCCGUCGCGGAGCCGGAGAGCGGGAGGAACAUGACAUCGCGGAGAUGGUUUCACCCAAAUAUCACUGGUGUGGAGGCAGAAAACCUACUGUUGACAAGAGGAGUUGAUGGCAGUUUUUUGGCGAGGCCCAGUAAAAGCAACCCUGGAGACUUCACACUUUCCGUUAGAAGAAAUGGAGCUGUCACCCACAUCAAGAUUCAGAACACUGGUGAUUACUAUGACCUGUAUGGAGGAGAGAAAUUUGCCACUUUGGCUGAGUUGGUCCAGUAUUACAUGGAACAUCAUGGGCAAUUAAAAGAGAAGAAUGGAGAUGUUAUUGGGCUCAAAUAUCCUCUGAACUGUGCAGAUCCUACCUCUGAAAGGUGGUUUCAUGGACACCUCUCUGGGAAAGAAGCAGAGAAAUUAUUAACUGAGAAAGGAAAACAUGGUAGCUUUCUUGUGCGAGAGAGCCAGAGCCACCCUGGGGAUUUUGUUCUCUCUGUCCGGACAGGAGAUGACAAAGGGGAGAGCAAUGAUGGCAAGUCUAAAGUGACCCACGUCAUGAUCCGCUGUCAGGAACUGAAAUAUGACGUUGGUGGAGGAGAACGGUUUGACUCUUUGACAGAUCUUGUGGAGCAUUACAAGAAGAAUCCUAUGGUAGAGACAUUGGGCACAGUACUACAACUCAAGCAGCCCCUCAAUACAACUCGUAUCAAUGCUGCUGAAAUAGAAAGUCGAGUUCGAGAACUAAGCAAAUUAGCUGAGACCACAGAUAAAGUCAAACAAGGCUUUUGGGAAGAAUUUGAGACACUACAACAACAGGAGUGCAAGCUUCUCUAUAGCCGAAAAGAGGGUCAGAGGCAAGAAAAUAAAAACAAAAAUAGAUAUAAAAACAUCCUGCCCUUUGAUCAUACCAGGGUCGUCUUACAUGAUGGUGAUCCCAAUGAGCCUGUUUCAGAUUACAUCAAUGCAAAUAUCAUCAUGCCUGAAUUUGAAACCAAGUGCAACAACUCAAAGCCCAAAAAGAGUUACAUUGCCACACAAGGCUGCCUGCAAAACACGGUGAAUGACUUUUGGCGGAUGGUAUUUCAGGAGAACUCCCGAGUAAUUGUCAUGACAACAAAAGAAGUGGAGAGAGGAAAGAGUAAAUGUGUCAAAUACUGGCCUGAUGAGUAUGCGCUAAAAGAAUAUGGGGUCAUGCGCGUUAGGAACGUCAAAGAAAGUGCCGCUCAUGACUAUACAUUAAGAGAACUUAAACUUUCAAAGGUUGGACAAGCUCUACUCCAGGGGAAUACGGAGAGAACGGUCUGGCAAUACCACUUUCGGACCUGGCCGGACCAUGGAGUGCCCAGUGACCCCGGGGGUGUGCUGGACUUCCUGGAGGAGGUCCACCACAAGCAGGAGAGCAUCAUGGAUGCAGGGCCUGUGGUGGUUCACUGCAGUGCUGGAAUUGGCCGGACAGGGACGUUCAUUGUGAUUGAUAUUCUUAUUGACAUCAUCAGAGAGAAAGGUGUUGACUGCGACAUUGACGUUCCCAAAACUAUUCAGAUGGUGCGGUCUCAGAGGUCAGGGAUGGUCCAGACAGAAGCACAGUACCGAUUCAUCUAUAUGGCCGUCCAGCAUUAUAUUGAAACACUACAGCGCAGGAUUGAAGAAGAACAGAAGAGCAAGAGGAAAGGGCACGAAUAUACAAAUAUUAAGUACUCCCUAACGGACCAGGCAGGCGGAGAGCAGAGCCCCCUCCCGCCUUGUACCCCAACGCCAUCCUGCGCAGAAAUGAGAGAAGAUAAUGCUAGAGUCUAUGAAAAUGUGGGUCUGAUGCAGCAGCAGAAAAGUUUCAGAUGAGAAGACUCGCCAAGACUUCAAGCACAGAAAUAGAUGUGGACUUUCACCCUCUCCCUGAAAAGAUCAAGAAUAGAUGCAAGAACGUUUACAUGAAGAAUGAAUUUGAAUUUGGGAGGCUUGCAUUGUGGUUGACCAACUACCUUUUGAUAAGCAAAUUUGAAACCAUUUAGAGACCACUGUAUUCUAACUCACCCAUCCCUGAUUUCCAAUUACUCAUGUCCUCAGAUAAGAAGAAAUCAUCUCUACAAUGUAGACAGUGUUAUAUUUUAUGGAAUUUUGUUUUAAACCGAGGAAACAGUUAAACUGUGCUUUAUAUUUUACAGAUGAUAGUGAUUCAAAUUUUAGUUAUUGGCAUUUUUUUCUUUUGAUAACCUCAACAGAUUUAAUUUUUCCCCCCUCUUUGUGGGGGAUGAUAGGGCACUUGUAGGAGGAAAAAUGAUUUGGGGUAAUUAAUAGCAUCCUAUUCUAUAGAAGUGAGAACAGUUUCAUUUAUCAUCACUUAUCCAGUAGUGGAUAAUUCAUUUUGAUGGCCUCUUAUUUUGGCUAAAUGGUAAUUAAGCCAGUGUCCCAGAUUGUCUGCCUUUGCAUUGCCGUUGAAAAAAAUCAUGGGGGGAAAAAUCCUGGGAACUUAGGAUAAAAGGUAUGCUUUUAGCUGUUGACCAAUUACCAUUCAGCCUGUUGACUGAGAAAGUUGUGGUGGGAAAAUGUUUGCCAUCUUUUCAUUUGAGUAAUUGUCUUGUAUUUAGGAAAAAAAUGCAUCUGUGGAUAACCAGUUUUGGAUUAUCAUUUGUUGUGGAUGAACCACCCCAAAACUGAGUGGCUUAAAACAGCAGCUUGCUUUUCCCCACCAUUCUUCAACCUGGGCUGGGCUCAGCGGAGCGGUUCCUCUCCUUGUCAUGCUGGUGGUCAGCAGGAUGGCUGGGCCUCUUUGUCUGCAUGCGAUUCUCAGGUCUCUCCUCCACAUGACCUCGCCAGUGGAAUACCUGGAUCACAUUCAUGGCAGCUCAGAGGUCCCAAAGGUAUAAAGCAGUAGUGGCCAGUCCUUCUUAAGACUUAAACCCAGAAGUGUCUCAGCAUCACUUCUGCUGCCCUCUAAUGAUGAAAGCCAGUUCCAGACUGAGCCCAGAUUUGGGAAGAGGGGAUUGCAGCAGGAUAGGAAGUGGAGGUGAGGUUCAUUGGAGGCCCCCAGUGAAACAGACUGUCAGAACCAGUGCCAUGGAAAAACAACUAAAAACAAGUUAGCCGAGGUAGAACCUGCUAGUGACCUUGGGAAGUCGAAGCUGGUUAUGAUAGCUGGUGAAAGCUGGAAAUCAGACAGAAACAAAGGGCCUUCAGCGAGCUUUUGGAACCAGUUCUGCUGGUUCUCAGCAUAUUUUCUGAACCAUCACUUGGGGAAACUGGUUUCUUAAGGAUUGACGUGUUUGGGAGGGCAGAGCAUUUGAAAGCAGAACCACCUCGUUGCUGCGGCCCCCGCAGAGGGAGGUAAGUGGGGUGCUUUCUUCACGCCAGGGGAUUCAGUCGGGCCCCACACCCAUGCAUGCAGCCGGGUGCAGUGAGGAGGAGCAGUCGGAAUGAGGCCACUAGACAGAUUGAAUUGCAGUAGCUCAUUUUUGUUUUAAUCAAGCAGUGAGAUUUGCUAACGUUCUACCUGAAGUGCCUUCUCCAAAGACAUCCCUCUUUGCCCUGUGUGUUGAGUCACCAUUUCAUGAGUGUAUUUCAAUUAAAGUAUCAUUGGUGGACUUGUAAAGAUAGUAAAAUGCCCCAGCAGCUUUGCCGUUAAGUCAUGGUCUCCUUAAUCGGAUUCUUCUUGCUUUGUCUCCUGAAAAGGAAGGACUAGGUCCGGCUCAGGUAGUAGUUCCUUUCUAAGGUCUUUUCCUCCCUGGAAACCCUGAGGCCUUUUGGGGAGAGCCUGGCUGCUGUUUUUACAGACAAAGUGGACGUAGAUUCCUCACCCCACCCCCACUUCCCACCCCCCAUCCAUUGAACUUGGAAUUGCCUCAGAGCACAGGUGUAAGAGGAAUGUAAGCGACUACUGUCUUCUUGUUAAGCCUGUAAAGAGAGAUUCCAGUUCAGUAUUUGCAGCAAAGAUCUUGAAUCCUAUUAUUUUUAUUGCAUCGUCACAUUGAAUGGUUCUCGUUUUUUGCCUUGACUUUGUGGUAAUGUUUUGACUCUGGACUUUGGGGGCAAGGUCUUUCACCAGCAUACAAGGGUUUGAUUGUACAAUAUAUCUGCUGCAUUAACGUCUCUGCCUGUAGCGUAAGAUCAGUUGUUUUUGCACUCGGAAUGGAAACACCUGAUCCUGGCCAGCUUCAUUUGCAAUAGGAUGUUGAUUUCAUUUAGAUUUCCCUCCACGAAGUCAGCAAGCUAUCAUGUGAUAGAAAGUGAUGCCAAGACAAAAUUGUAAUAGGCCCUAGGUUGCUAAGGUUUGUCAUGUGUUGGGUAAAGAUGAUGGCAGGUUCUCAGAUACGAUAACAUGGUAUGGAUUCAGGUGGAGGGGCUGUGAAGAUGGGGGGGGCGGGGGAGUGGGGCUCGAGGUGUUAGAAAUAGUGGAAAUGAAAGUUCCAAAGAGGUGGUUUCUGAGGAAGUCAGAGGGCCUGGGGCCAGAGCAGUCAGUAAUAGUUGAACAGGUUACCUGGAAAAUAGGUUUGAUAGGUACAUGUAUGCAGUCUGCUUCUGGGUUGCUGGUAGACAUUAAAUUUGCACAAUAUCCCAUAGCUGGCUAAGUAUUUUAAAAUUGUAAGCAUAGGAUUUUAUAUUUGGGGUGAAGAAGCUAUCUGGCACAUGGUAUUAGGGUUUUUUUUAAGAAGCCAAAUUUCACAGUCUUAAUAGCUUUUUUAAAAAAACCAGACGCCUCAUAUCUAGGGUGUGGCCCUCUUGAAAAUUCUGGUCAUCUCUCCCUUUGAAAUCAGCGACAUUUCAAACGUGGCUAAACGGGGGUGAGAAAACACAUGUAUGAGUUUCUUGGUAUUGAUGUGUUCUUCACGGAGCCCAGUUGCUUUGGAAGAGCCAAGAAAAUCAUCAAGAUUAUCUUUAGGGUCUUUUAAGGGGUUAUCAAGGGUUUACUGGGGUUUUUAAGAACUAAUAUAAUGUCUUGGGUUAUUUCCAGUUCAGAGGAAUGUGGAAAAAGGUAUGCAAUUGUGAAGUGUUUUGUUGUAGUUUAUUAAUAUGUAAGGGAAACUUAGACUGUAGACAUAAGUAAAACCCAGUGGAGUUUUUGUUUUCUGUAUGUUGUUGGGGAAUAAAGUUUUAUAUAGCAAGCACAUGGCCUCCCUGAUUUCAAUAUGCCUUUAUUAGGAUCUUUCUUAGCCCCUAAUUUUGUUGAAAUCUUUUUCGCUCUUCCUCCUGAAAAAUAAGCUCCAAAAUAUAGUUUAUUGUAUCUUCCAUCCUUUAAAAGUUUGAUUCUUUUUCACUACGGGCAGUUCACACAAGGCAAAAAUAUUAAACAGUUGGUUUCAGUGUGUUGUAUAACUUUGCUGUAUAUCAAACUAAUUUUUACAAGUUUUCAUCCUAAACCUCAAAUCAUGUAAUUAAUAAUUUGCCUGUUUAUUUAUGACCUAAUUGUGAUUCUUUUAUUAAUAAAAGCUAAUGGAAAAGGAUCCUUUAAGCUGAUGACUAGACCUACAGUUAAUUUUCCUGCAGUAUAUGAAGUAUUGUACCAGAGUAUUAAAAGAUAUGUAAUAUUUUAUUGAUAAAUCUAUCCUUUAAAAGGAAUACGUUUUAGGAUGUCAUCAUUUUGAUGUGAAUCAUGUAAAUGUUGAUAAUAUGCACUGUUUAUUAUACAUUUAGUGUUUCAGGAGAUUCACUUAAUUGCCUUUUUGCCCACGUAUAUUAUGUAGUCUUUGCAAUUGUUUUUAAAAAAAAAGACAUUAAAAAAAAUAGUUUAUGUAGAGAAACAUUAGUGGAUGUUAAUUGUCUCCCCACCUGUAUUUAUGGGUGUUAGUUCAACUGCUUUGCUAGUUGCAAAGCCGUAUUAUCAGAGUAAAAGUGAAUUUGUAAACUGUAUGAGAACUAAAAGUUAGGAAUAAAACCAUUUUCUUAUA